AUGCCGACAAUGUUUCAUACCACCAUUUUCAUUUCGCUCCUCACCGCUGUGGCUCAGGCAACGUCUGUCCUGAGCCCCCAAGCUGGCGAGCGGUCGCAAAUUAGGCACUCAAAAAGAGGCGAUGUUCUGAUGAACAACUGGUGCGGCCCUGUCAAGCAGGUCACCCAGGUGACUUCUGUUGAGGCGAGCUGGAGCGUUCCGUCCGUCUCGCGGCAGCAAGGCACCACGGAUGACAACUGGUUCUACCACUGGGUCGGUAUCGAUGGUGUGGGAAAUUGCAAUGUCUUGUUGCAGGCAGGCACUGGUUCGACCAUUUACGAUGGAUAUACCGAUACUUACGCCUGGUACGAGUUUUACCCAGGUAACAUGACCUAUGCUCGUGAAGUACCAGUUGCCAUUGGCGAUGAUGUAUACGUCAGCGUCGUUGCAACUUCCACCACGUCCGGCACAAUUUACAUCGAGAACAAGACGAACAAGAAGUCGCAUACAUACUACUUGGAAAGCGAAUUUGGUGCUCUCUGCUUGGAGCACGCCGAGUGGAUCGCCGAAGCUCCUGGCAAACCUCUUCCCAACUUCUCGACGUUCAGCAUGACCGGAGCAAAGGGAGCUACUGCGAGUGGACAGACCUUCGACAUGCAGGGCUCGGACAUGGACUACAUGUAUCACUACGGGCCGUGCCGUGCGAAACUCCAGGGCGGGUCGGACGUGACGUUUUAUAACAGGGUAUAG